GCUAAUCGACUAGCUUCUCAGCAGUGUCGACCUUGUAGAAGCCAGUAGCACGACGUGCUCAUGGACUCGGAGGAGGAGCGGAGCUCGUCGUCGGAGGCGGCGUCCACCCCGACGGUGGUGGCAACGCUGGCGCCGUCGCAACGGCCGCUGCUCCUGAACCCGGCGUACGCGCGGUGCAAGUCGGUGAUGAACGACGAGUUGCGCAACUUCCGCGUGUUCCUGCAGUGGUGCGCGCUCGACCACUCCUCCCGCGCCGCGCGCGCCGCCUCGUACGCGGCCUUCCUGGCGCUCGCGCUCCUCGUCCCCGCCGCCGUUUCGCUCUCCCUCCGCGCCGACGCCUCCCUGUCCCCGGCCUCCGCGUCGGCCAUCACCUUCAACCGCGUCGCCCAGCUCCCGGCCUCCGGGCUCGCCGUCAUCUCGUUCCUCACGCUGACCGCCUUCUUCCGCGGCUGCGGCGGCCUCCGGCAGCUUCUGUUCCUCGACGGCGCCCUCCGCGAUGACACCUUCUUCGUCCGCCGCAGCUACGCGCGGGAGCUGGACCGCGCGUUCCGCCUCCUGGCCGCGCUCCUGCUCCCUUCCCUCUGCGCCGAGGCCGCGCACAAGGCCGUCUUCUUCUUCUGCACGGUCAGGGUCGAGCCGCCCGCGCCGCUGCCGCUCCUGCCACGGGUGCCGUGGCGCGCGGUGGCGCUGGUGGCCACGGUGGCGUCGUGGGUGUACCGCACGGGGGUGUUCCUCCUGGUGUGCGUGCUGUUCCGCCUCACCUGCGAGCUCCAGAUCCUGCGCUUCGAGGGGAUAUACCACAUGUUCGACGUCGAGGCGCGCGCCGCAGCGGCCGAGAUCUUCGCCGAGCACCGCCGCAUCCGCACGCAGCUGCUCGCCACCAGCCACCGGUACAGGGGGUUCAUCGUCUGCUGCCUCGUCACCAUCACCGUCAGCCAGCUCGGCGCCCUCCUCGUCGCCCUCUCCUCCAGGGACGCCAAGAGCUUCGCCAACUCCGGCGACCUCCUGGUCGGUUCGGCGGUGCAGCUGAGCGGGUUCUUCAUGUGCCUGUUUGGCGCGGCCAGGAUCACGCAUAGGGCGCAAAGGAUCGUGUCCAUCGCGAGCCAAUGGCACAUGAGCAUGGUGUCCAUGCGCCACGGCAAAUCGGCGCCGGCCAGCACGUCGGCGAGCGACAACGACCACGUCUCCGGGCCGUCAACGGCCGCGCCGGCGUCGCUCCAGGCCGAGCCCGGAGCAGCGUGCUCGUACAAGAGCAGACAAGCACUCGUGGAGUACCUGUGCCACAACGGUGGCGGGAUCACCCUGUUCGGCUUCACGCUCGACAGGGGGCUCCUCCACACGAUCUUCGUCUUCGAGAUGACUCUGGUGCUAUGGAUCCUAAGCAAAGUUGUGGUCCUCUCCUAACUACCACUUUUGCUCGCAACUGUACGUAUUGGUGCAAAGAUAAUUCAGUCAGGAGUCAGGACUGUUUUGAUUUUAAA